AUCACAUCGAUUAUAAAUGAAGCUCUGAUGAUACCAGAUGGUCAGAAUGAACUGCGUAAAUUACAACUGAGAGAACUGGCUUUGCUGAAUGGAACUUUGCGUCCGGAAGAUUUGGCAAGUGGUGCCCGGUGCAGUAACUGUGGUUCGGAUGAACAUAAAACGUCGGUUUUUAUCGUUGAAUUCGUUGUUUGUAUUGAUUCCUCACUCAGUCAUAUCACAUCGAUUAUAAAUGAAGCUCUGAUGAUACCAGAUGGUCAGAAUGAACUGCGUAAAUUACAACUGAGAGAACUGGCUUUGCUGAAUGGAACUUUGCGUCCGGAAGAUUUGGCAAGUGGUGCCCGGUGCAGUAACUGUGGCUCGGAUGAACAUAAAACGUCGGUUUUUAUCGCUGAAUUCGUUGUUUGUAUUGAUUCCUCACUCAGUCAUGUUCAUAAUCUUUUAGUUUUAUAGUGGGAAUGCCCGGAUGCUCCGAACGUUACGGCAAAUAUAAUAUGUACUGCUUGUGGUGGUGCCGGACACAUUGCCAAAGACUGUAAAAAUCCACGGCCUGGAGGCGGAGUCUUCAAUCUGGGUGACAGUGGCAUGGAUGAUGAGGUUUGUUUAAUCAUUCAGUAUUAG